AUGUCGGACUGCUCUAGUAAAGAUGAAUCCGACAAGGAAUACUCGAUGAAUGUCACAACUUCCGCAGAAUCAAAUUUGGACCCCAUCAUGUUCACAGGCACUGAAGGAAACAAGGCAGAGAAGAAAUUAAGGAGUAAUUCUUCCACGUCUUUAGCGCUGUCAGUGGAUUCAAUUAGAAGAAGUAUAGGGGGUCGCAUACCACGUAAUUCUAUCUCGUCUAACCUAAGCGUGAAAGACGUUUUUAGAAACCUAGACAGCACUGAAAUUGAGAAGAAAAGAGAAUCAGCAAGAGCGGCUAUUAUAAACGAGGUCUCAACGAGAGCUCUCUUCCAGAACCAGAUUUCUGAGCCAAACGACUUGGAAAAGUACUUAACUAAUGAUACAUUUGUACCGGGGGCCAUUGAAAGUGUGCCCAUUCGCGAUGAUGGUUCGGAAUUUAAUAAGGUAGACCCUGAAUUGAUUACCUGGGAAGGAAAAGAUGAUCCCCAGGAUCCCAAAAACUGGCGCAUUUCAACCAAAUUGUAUUUAUUACUAUUGGUAUCUCUAUACGCAUUGGUAGCCCCAAUGUCAUCCUCUAUGUUGUCGCCGGCAAUGCCUCAGAUAUCGCAGGCCUUUGGAAUUGAAUCACAAGUUAUUUCAGCAAUGGUUGUCUCAAUCCAGAUUUUAGCAUGGGCCUUUGGGCCAUUACUUAUUGCACCUUUCAGCGAAGAUGAUAGAUUUGGCAGAAAGAUCGUUUUGGAUAUAUGUGUUUGGAUGUCUUUGUUCUUCAAUUUGGGAUGUGCAUUCUCCCAAAACACUGCUCAAAUGAUGGUGUUCAGGUUCAUAGGAGGAUUGUUUGGAUGUGUUCCUAUGAAUGUUUGCGCUGGAGUCAUCGCUGAUAUGUUUGAUGCUCUGUCAAGGAAUCUAGCCCUAUCUGGAUAUUCCUUAGCGCCUGUUCUAGGACCAGUCAUCGCGCCCUUGAUAUCGGGGUUCAUCAUCGAACACAUGGAAUGGAGAUGGGUGUUUUAUGUCUUAUGCAUGUUCAACGGGACAGUAGCCAUAUUAGCAUUAUUAUUUUUCAAGGAGACAUAUGCACCUAAAUUAUUGAAGUUGAAAGCAAAGAAGUUACGAAAAGAGACUGGCAACGAACAUUUGCAUACGAUAUUUGAAAUAACAGAUGUUGAGACAGCAACAGAAAGGGUAUUCAUUACAAUGACCCGGCCCAUAGAACUUCUAUUCACACAUCCGAUGAUCGUCGGUCUCGGAUCAUUCAUGGCAUUCACCUAUGGUUUUAUGUAUUUGAUGAUUGUAACUUUCCCUACUAUCUUCAAGCAAAACUAUGGCUUUAGCAGCUCAGUGACUGGGUUAAUGUAUCUUCCUAUGGGGGUUGGUUUUAUACUUGGUUUGUUCUUGUGGACUUAUCUCAUUGGUAGGACUUAUAAAAAAUUGACUGCUAAAAACGGUGGUAUUCCAAAACCUGAGUAUCGAUUACCUUGCUUGCUCGGCUCUUCUGUUUGCGUUCCUGUUGGCUUACUUUGGUUUGGGUGGUCCGCUCAAACAAAGAUACAUUGGAUAAUGCCAGGUAUCGGAUCUGCUAUUUUUGCUAUGGGUUUAGUUUGUGUCUUCCAAACUAUUCAAAAUUACUUGAUUGACAUGAACUAUAGGUACGCAGCUUCUUCUGUUGCCGCAGCAGCAUUGUUUAGAUCUCUCUUUGGUUUUGCUUUCCCAUUGUUCGCUGGAAAGAUGUACGAUAGACUAGGGUACGGAUGGGCAAACACCAUGUGCGCUCUCGUCAGUAUUUUGCUAGGAGUCCCUUUCCCUAUUUUAUGCAUUUGUUAUGGAGAGAGGAUCAGAGGAUGGGCUGAUAAGAGAAUCGAAAGAAGGCAAAAUGCAAGAGAUAAAAAGAGAAUCGAAAAACUCAAAAGUAGCAUCAAUUAA